AUGGUGAAUAUAAUAGAAAAAAGUUUCGGAUUAAACCUGAAACUGCUAAAUAUUAUGGGAUUGUAUUCACAUGGGAAGAGUUCGAUAACUUUAAGAAUACGAGCUUACACGUUAUAUUUUGUUUUCUUAGUGUUGGCUAGCGUAUUAAUAAUUGUGAAAACUUUAAUGGCAAGAAGCUCGAACAACGUAGAAACUAAUGCGAUGUUAAUAUACGUGUCAGAUUCCACUUCGUUCUGUUUUAAGCUCCUGCCGUUUCUUCAAAAUAGUGACAGAAUGAAAAGAUGUAUCAAUUUUUUCGGACAGAAAAAAUUUGCACCAAAAACCGACUACGAAAGAAGAAUUUUAGAUGAAUGUGUCUGGGUAUGUCGCAGGAACUCCAUUGUGUUUUUUUAUGGUUUGUUGUUGACAAUUAUUGGCUGGACUGUCCCCAUGCUGUUUGUCAAAGGACGAAAGCUUCCGUUAAUGCUGUGGUUACCAUAUGAUCCCUCAUCUACCGCUGUGAACUACUAUUUUACUUUUGUUUACAUUGUUGCAGUUAUAGCAACCGUAUAUGACAGUUAUUCUGGCACAAUCGUGGAUCCAUUGAUUGGUGGUUUGGCAUAUCAUGCAACAGCUCAACUGAAAAUUCUGAAAUAUAACUUAGAGCAUCUUGACAAGAAUCUGGAAGACAAUUUAAUCAAAAGUAGUGAACAUAUAAUAGAAUUCCAGUGUGUUCGCGAACACCUGGAAAGUUGUAUUGAUCACCACAAGCAAAUUUUAUGUCUAGAAAUGGGUCCGACCAUCUUCAACCAAAGCUACAACGCGGAUGAUACGAUUAGGAAUAUUCAUUAUAUGCCAAAAUAA